GUCCACCGUGCUCCGGGCUCUGAGCCUCCACCGCUGAGGGCGGGUCUCCUAUUCCGUACGCUGGGCUGUGAUACGGCUGCUGGGAGCCGUGAGGAGAGCAAGCCAGCUCCAUAUUCGCCAUGGAUGUGGUGACCUAUGAGGAUGUACAUGUGAACUUCACUCAUGAAGAGUGGGCUUUGCUGGAUUCUUCCCAAAAGAGUCUCUAUAAAGAUGUGAUGCUGGAAACCUACUGGAACCUCAUUUCUACAGGGUACAAAUGGGAAGACCAUAAUAUUGAAGAACAUUGUCAGAGCUCUAGAAGAAAUGGAAGGGAUGUCAUCUGUCGCUCUGGAUACAAGGCAUGUGAACAUAAGGGAUAUGGAAAGAAGAAUUGUAAUUCUGUCUCUGUCAGAAAAAUUAAAAGAUAUGUAGUAGUUUCCAAUAUGAAAAGACAUGAUGACUGUGAUACAAGUUUACAGUUAAUUGGUUUUCCAACUUCAUUGGGAAUACAUCAACAAACUCUCAUUGGAGAAAAGCCCUAUGAGUACCAGGAAUAUGGAAAUUCAUCUCUUUGUACUGGUUCACUGUGCACAUCUAGUGUGACUCACAGUAUAAAAAAAUGUUAUGAAUGCAAUGAGUGUGGUCAAACUCUGAGUUCUUCAAGUUCUCUUCAAAGAUGUGAAAAAGCUCAUGUAGGGAGAGAAAAUAAUAAAUGUGAGUCAUCUACUAAAGGCUUUAGCCAUUACAGGCAUCCUCAAACACACCAAACAGCCAAUAAUAAAGAGAUUCUCUAUGAAUGUAAUCAAUGUGAUAAAGCCUUUAGAUCUGAUUGUUCUUUAAAACACCAAAGAACUCAUUUAGAAGGAAAAUCCUAUGAAUCUAAUCAAAGUUAUAAAACCUUUGCAUAUCACAGUCUUCAUCAAGUACAUAAAACACAAACUAGACAGAAAAGGUAUGAUUAUCAGCAUUGUGAUAAAGCCUUUGCAUGUCCCACUUAUCUUCACAUACAUAAUAGAAGUUAUAGUGAAGAGAAACCCCAUGAAUGUAAGCAAUGUGGCAAAGCCUUUACACGUAUCAGUCAUCUUCUCACACAUCUAAGACAUCACACUGGAGAGAAACCCUAUGAAUGUAAUCAGUGUGGUAAAGCCUUUGCUCAGAAGAGUAGUCUUCAUACUCAUGAAAGAAGUCAUAGUGGAGAGAAACCCUAUGAAUGUAACCAAUGUGGUAAAGCCUUUGCACGGAGGAAGAAUCUUCUCUCUCAUCAAAGAAUUCAUACUGGAGACAAACCCUAUAAAUGUAAUGAAUGUGCGAAAGCCUUUGCAGAGAAAUAUAAGCUACUCAGUCAUGAAAGAAUUCAUACUGGAGAGAAACCGUAUGAAUGUAAUGAAUGUGGUAAAGCCUUUGCAGGGAAGAGUAAUCUUCUCAGUCAUGAAAGAAUUCAUACUGGAGAGAAACCCUAUGAAUGUAAUGAGUGUGGUAAAGCCUUUGCAAGGAAGAGUCAUCUUCUUUGUCAUGAAAGAAGUCACAAUGGAGAGAAACCCUAUGAAUGUAAUGAAUGUGGUAAAGCAUUUGCACAGAAGAGUUAUCUUCUCAGUCAUGAAAGAAGUCAUAGUGGAGAGAAACCCUAUGAAUGUAAUCAGUGUGGUAAAGCCUUUGCACAGAAGAGUAGUCUUCUCAGUCAUGAAAGAAGUCAUAAUGGAGAGAAACCCUAUGAAUGUAAUCAGUGUGGUAAAGUCUUUACACAGAAGAGUAGUCUUCAUAGUCAUCAACGAAUUCAUACUGGAGAGAAACCCUAUGAAUGUAAGCAAUGUGGAAAAGCCUUUACACAGAAGAGUAGUCUUCAUAGUCAUGAAAGAAGUCAUAGUGGAGAGAAACCCUAUGAAUGUAAUGAAUGUGGUAAAACCUUUGCAGGGAAGAGUAGUCUUCGCAGUCAUGAAAGAAUUCACACUGGAGAGAAACCCUAUGAAUGUAAUCAGUGUGGUAAAGCCUUUACCCAGAAGUGUAGUCUUCAUAGUCAUGAAAGAAGUCAUAGUGGAGAGAAAGCCUAUGAAUGUAAUCAAUGUGGUAAAGCCUUUGCACUGAAGAAGUAUCUUCUCAGUCAUGAACGAUUUCAUACUGGAGAGAAACCCUAUGAAUGUAAUCAGUGUGGUAAAGCCUUUGCAACAAAGAGUAAUCUUUUUAGUCAUGAAAGAAUUCAUACUGGAGAAAAACCCUAUGAAUGUAAUCAAUGUGGUAAAGCCUUUGCAACAAAGAGUAAUCUUCUGAGUCAUGACAAAAUUCAUACUGGACAGUACCAUAUGGAUCUAAUCAAUGUGGUAAUUUCAGAAGUGAGCUGCCAUGUGGGUGCUGGAAGCUGAACUUUAUUUUCUACAAGAGGUGUUUGCUGGAGUCCAGCUCCAUAGGUUUUAAGGUCCCAAAGAGGAUAUUGGGCAUCAGCAAAGGAAGGAGACUGCUAUGAUUUGAGGGUGAAUCAGGAUAGCUGCUGUUUUAUUUAAAAAGUACUAUACCUUUUAUACUCUAUAACUGAACAUUAGUUUCAACUCAAGCAAGUUUGAAAGAAGACUUAAUGAUUCCAUGAUGAAAAUGGCCAUCAACCUCAUCACAGCAUUAUUCUUGGGGCAAAAAGCAAUAAAUUCAGCAAGUAUCUAAAUGCC